GCUCCUGCACAGCUACAGCUCUGCUCCACAGUGAGAGUCCACAUCAGAGUACUUCAUCAGGACCACACAGCAUGGAGCUGAUCACCAAAACUCUGUUUCUGUGCUUAGCACUUGCCCUCACUAAUGGAGCACCUACGCACCCACAAGAUGAAACAGUAGAAGAUGGAGCUCCUCUGCCAGACCGGUGUGAAGGUAUUGAGUUUGAUGCCAUCACUCCUGAUGAGGAAGGAAAAAUGUUCUUCUUCAAAGGUGCCCACUUGUGGAAGGGUUUCCAUGGCCCAGCUCAGCUUUCCAACGAGUCCUUCAAGGAGCUGGAUGACAUCCAUCACAUCGGCCAUGUCGACGCUGCCUUCCGCAUGCACAACACAGAGAACACAGACGUGCAUGAGCACAUCUAUUUCUUCCUGGAUGACAAGGUGUUCAGAUAUUACAACCACACUCUGGAAGCUGGGUAUCCAAAAGAGAUCCAGGAGGACUUCCCAGGAGUCCCUACUCACCUGGAUGCUGCUGUGGAGUGUCCCAAAGGAGAAUGCAUUACCGACUCUGUUCUUUUCUUCAAGGGACAUGAUGUGCAUCUUUAUGAUAUUGCCACAAAGACAGUGAAGACCAAGACGUGGUCGCACCUGCCUGUCUGCACUUCUGUUUUACGCUGGCUGGAGCACCACUACUGUUUCCAUGGACACAACUUCACCAGGUUCAACCCGUUAACUGGAGAGGUGAACGGUACCUACCCAAAAGAUGCCCGCAAUUACUUCAUGAAGUGCCCCAACUUUGGUCAUGGACAUCAUUAUAAAGUCCUUAAUUGCAGUGAUGUCAAACUUGAUGCCAUCACCUCUGAUGAUGCAGGCAAAAAGUAUUUAUUUGCAGGCCGCAUCUACAUGCGUCUGGACACCCAUCGUGACGGCCUUCACGCCUUCCCAAUCACCAAUGUGUGGAAAAAUAUGACCAGAGGGGUGGACGCUGUCUUUUCCUACACUGACAAAAUCUACGUGAUUAAGGAUGAUCAGGUUUACAUCUAUAAAGCAGCUACUCGCUCCACCCUGACUGAAGGCUACCCUAAAACCCUGAAGGAGGAGCUUGGCAUUGAAGGACAUGUGGACGCUGCUUUUCUCUGUCCUAAUGAACACACAGUUUAUAUAAUCCAAGGACAGAGGAUUCGCGAUGUCGACCUAACCGCCACGCCCAGGGUCGUGACCCGAGAUCUGCCCUUGCCCUUGUCCGACAUUGAUGCUGCUAUGUGCAAUUCAGGGGGAGUUAAUUUGUUCAAGGGCUCGCAGUAUUACCACUAUGAAAGCGCCGCAACACUGAUUUUGAGCAGAAUUGCCCCUAUGCCUCAAAAAAUUACCUCAGCAAUGUUAGGAUGUCAGGAUUAGGAUUCAGGGAACGAGAGAAUAUCAAAGAGAGUCAAGUCUGACUUGUUUGGUGAAUAAAAAGUGGGAAACUGCU